AUGACCGUUUCCAUUUCCUCUACAUAUACCCCCCACUUCUCACUUAUUCCCCUCUCUGUCCCUGCUUCCACCUCCUUCCCCAUUUCAAAGUUUCCAAAAUCUAAACAUCAUUCAAUCCUCCUCUGCUUCUCUUCUCCACCAGAUAUGGAUGCUGCAGGUGCAACAAGUCUCUACCCUUUGCACCGUUCCAAAACAAUCCACCUGGUGAGGCACGCUCAAGGGAUACACAAUGUGGAAGGAGAAAAGGACCAUUCGGCUUACAUGUCUCAUGAUCUUUUUGAUGCACAUCUUACCCCUCUUGGGUGGCAACAGGUUGAUAAUCUGCACAAGCAUGUUCAGGCUUGUGGACUUGCCAAAAAAAUUGAUUUAGUGAUCACUUCUCCUUUGCUAAGGACCAUGCAGACAGCAGUGGGCGUCUUUGGAGGUGGAUCAUACACAGAUGGGAUAGAUGUACCUCCUCUAAUGGUUGCAAAUGCGGGGAACAGUAGUCAUUCUGCAAUUUCAAGUCUAAACUGCCCACCGUUUGUAGCGGUUGAGCUAUGCCGGGAACAUUUGGGUGUUCAUCCAUGUGAUAAGAGAAGAAGCAUUAGCGAGUAUAGGCCUCUUUUCCCUGCAAUUGACUUCUCACUGAUAGAGAAUGAUGAUGACAUUUUGUGGACGCCAGACAUAAGAGAGAAGGAUGAAGAAGUUGCAGCUAGGGGACUGAAGUUUUUGAACUGGUUGUGGACACGUGAAGAAAACAAUAUUGCAAUUGUUACCCAUAGCGGAUUCUUGUACCACACUUUGGGUGCUUUUGGAAAUGAUUGCCAUUCAUCCAUUAAGAGUGAAAUAUCCACGCACUUUGCCAAUUGCGAGCUUCGUUCUAUGGUCAUUGUUGAUAGGGGUUUGAUGGGGUCAAAUUCCGCCUCAGCAACCAAUUAUCCUGGAAAAAUUCCUCAGGGGCUUGAUUUGCCUAGUGACGUUGCAGAUGAGAAGAAACAACUUUCUAAGUAGUCGUAUCCCAUGAAUGUUUGGAACCUUAAUUUUCAGUGGCCCGUGGAGAUAACCUUUUCUUGAUUAUUUAUACAGGGAAAACGAGUAAGUUAGCGUCUUUAAGGCUGCUUAGUUCUGUUAGGCAAUUUGACGAUUCUCAGUUGAAGUCUUAUAGAUAUGAAGCCUGUUAAAUUGGUUAUAAACUCACAUAUGGUUUAACUGGAAUAGUCAUUAUUGAGGAGCUGGUACACCAAAUGUUUCGUUAACUAGUAGACAACGCUCAAUAAAUUGUUCCUCCAUUUUUCUUUCUUA